GGAUCGGUACAUUCAUAUCAGUGCAGCAGCUGUGCCCCCAUUGUCAGUUUACAAGAAACUGGAAUAGCCAGCCUGUUCUUGGGAGUACUCCAGUUGGAAACCUGCAGCUAUCAGUUGCAACAUAUGUCAACAGAGCAUCUUUCUACAAACUUUCAAAGGUCUUCAAACAAUGAAUAUGCAGCUAUGCAAAUACAACACCUUCCGAAGGCAUGCCAGGAUGUUCAUUGAGCCAGCGAUUGUUUCUUACUGGCAAAAAUCACAGGAAGGCAUGCUACAGAAGCUCCAUGCAGAGGAGAAAGUGAUAGUUGGUGGUGAUAUGAGGGCUGACUCUCCAGGCCACUAUGCAAAGUUCGGAAGCUACACUAUGAUGGACCUGAAGAACAACAAAGUCGUUGACCUCCAGUUGGUUCAGAGCAAUGAGGUUGGUGGAAGCUACCACAUGGAGUUAGAGGGCCUGAAAAGGAGUCUGGAGUUGUUAAAGGAACGUGGUGUGACUCUGGACUGUAUUGUCACGGACAGACAUCUGCAAAUUCAGAAAUUCCUAAGGGAAAGCAGCAUCACCCAAUUCUUUGAUGUGUGGCACAUAGAAAAAGGGAUUUCUAAGCAACUGGAGAAGGCUGCAAAAAAGAAGGACUGCGAAAAACUUCGAGGGUGGGUGAAGAGUAUAAGAAACCACAUAUACUGGACUGCAGCAACCUCCACCACCGGGCCUGAGAGAGUGGCCAAAUGGUUCCCUAAGUGCCUUCAUCCACUGCGCAUUGCGCAAUACCAAUGGAUGGCUGCAGGAACGCCGGCCUUUCACAAGCUGGAGACAAUUCUCUCAACCAAGAGGAUUUUGAAAGCUGUGGCCAAACUCAGCCCACACCACCAGACUUCAUCUUUGGAGUCAUUCCAUGCCGUCAUCCUGCGCUUUGCUCCAAAGAAUGUUGUGUUUCCAUUUCUUGGAAUGUUGUGCAGACUGUACCUGGCAGCCCUGCACUACAAUGAAAACGCUGAGCGUGCACAAGCCACUACAUCCACUGGAAACCCUCUAUAUAAACUGCAGUUCCCAAAGGCCAGGAAGGGAGAAUGCAGAGCAAAACCAGUAAAGACUGACCCCACAUUCCGCUACGUGGCCAACUUGAUGGACCUCAUAUUCGACCAAGUCUUUGUGGACCCUGCACCAUUCACACAGGAGCUUCUGAAGAUACCCAUCCCAGAGGACCUGUGUUCCCAAUAUGAGCGACCUGACAGGGAGGAGGUCAUCUCCGGGUAUGCUACACGGUUCAAUUUGGCUGCCGUCUGAACCCAACAUACACAUUUCGCUGAUCAGGAAACUCCCUGCGAAUCCUGAGGACAACGCAGGCCGGAAUCACCACUCUGAUCCUGCGUCCAAGGAAGCCCCAGCACCAGCUCACAAAGCUUCUGUAGGCUAGAUACCUGUGACGCCUGCAAUCAUUAAAAAAAUAU